AUGCGGCUAAAUCGCCUCCUCCCGCUGGGCCGCUCUGAUGCGACUGUCAGCGCAACCGCCCUCUACUGCAUUCUUGCAUUUGGUCUCUUCCACCUGGACCUUGCUGAUGUGGCGAACCCGGCUAGCUCGUCAGGGGGAAAUGAAGGCAACGUGAGUAUCGGAGGCGGUGUGCAGUUUCCGUACGCCUUAGAGUCUCACCAGGGACUUGUCCUUGAAGAUGCUACGGAUGAAACUGGAGAGACCCGGGGCCUCGAAAUCAUCCGUCGAGCUCCCGCGGAGUCAUCUGCACUAUCAGACAAUAAGUCCAAGAAAAGCACCAUCAAGCUCGGCCAGAUGCAGUGGUGGUAUUUCCCACAAGACGCCGGGAAUGACAAAACGACGAAUAAGACCUCGAGCGACCAGAUUCACGAGAAUUUGAAACGCUCACGCACUGUGUUCAUCUCCCUGACUACCUGCUCGAAACCGAGCGCCGACAAGGCUGAUUCCGGCCAUGAGCAAUCACUGCCUCAGCUCGAGGUUUACGUCUCUAUAUCCAACUCUGUGCAGAAACCAGGACCCGAUGAAGACUUCAGCAAUCAGAUGGUAACCAAAUCCGAGGAUGGCUAUAUGAGCAUUGCUACACUGGCUCAAGGGGAUGUCUAUAUUGGUGUUGCCGCUCCUAAUAGCAGCGACUAUUCGGGGUCGUAUAGUUACGAAAUUGCUGCUUCAACCGACGGUUAUUACCACAACGUUGACGAUGAGGAUCAAUUCGUAAGCUUUUUAGAUUCAGACGCGAAUGCCGCGCUUUUCGCCACGCCAGGCUCAGCAGAGUCAGAUCUCGAUUUACAGAAUGCCAGCAAUUGGACCAAAAUGACACCGCCUUACACCAUGUUCGUCAGCAACGUGAACAACACUGCCAUCUCGGGCCUGCGCCGGUCAUACUGUGCACUCAAUCAAUUUGCCCAGAUUGGAAAAGGGGGCCAUGGACUACAAACAAGCAUGGCUAACCGAAGCGAGGUAAUCGAGGAACAGCUCUACGUCACGGGACUCAAUCGAAGCUCUGUUUAUACCGGGAUUCUAGCCAUGGAUGGCAAUUCGACAGAGGAUGGGAGUAGCGGCGGUGGCGGGAAAGUUUGGAAACCAUUCCGGUUCUCGACGAAAGCAGAGGACAGCUGCGCCGUCCUAUUCAACCUGUCGUUUUGCUCCGACGUCGCGUACGCGGUGCCUUCUAACCCGUCAUUGAAGGCAGCCAAGCUGGGGUCCAUCUACGACGACUACGCCGCCGCCAUGUACAAAAACUUCACCUACUCCCUUGAUCAGAUCCAAUGCGAUGCUUCUGACGAAACCCGAUUCUCGCUAGCCGUUGGAUGCGAUGACUGUGCCAAGGCGUACAAGCAAUGGCUUUGCGCCGUCACCAUCCCCCGGUGUUCCGACUUCUCGAGCUCGGAGACAUUCCUGCGGACUCGCAACGCCGGCCAGGCGUUUCUCAACGGCACCUCUCUUACCGAUCAGGAUCCCCUGCGCCGCAGCCCGGUCACCAAUCAGUCCCGGAACUCGUUGAUAGACAGCGACAUCAAACCGGGGCCAUACAAGGAGGUUCUCCCGUGCCAGGAAGUGUGCUAUAAUCUCGUCAAGAGCUGUCCGGCGGCGCUCGGGUUCAGCUGUCCCGACGGGAAAUGGCUGAAUGCCUCGUACAGUGCGCGCUCCGAUAACUCGAGCAUCAUAUCCUGCAACUAUCCCGGGGUGGAAGCCCGGCGAAAUGGCCACCCGGAUCUGCAUCGAUCUCUGUGGAUGACUCUGCGGAUCCUGGCCCUCGUGUGGGCUCCCUUUUGGGUUCUAGGAAACUGA